UUUAUUUACAGUUGAUGAUCAGUUAACAAAUUAGCAUUACCAUUUCCAAGCAUGAAUGGUCCUGCAUGACGUCAUCAUUCAUCUUCUAUCAACGGCUGUGUGCCAACAUAAACACUCAACACCUCCAGUGGGGGAGUUGGUGCCAAUUUGUCACUCUUCAAGAGUCUUGAAGAGGAUCAAACAAGUUUCCUUGGAAAACAGCUCUGCAACACCAAAAAGUAAUUGAAUGCAAAUGUGACUCAUGGGUGGGUAGAUUAAAUCAAUGACACUCAUAAAACUGCCACCAUGAGCACAAACAUUACGCAACAUGAGCCUCCUGUUCCUCAACUAUAUAUGGAAGUGAAACAGGAUAUCCACCGUGGAAUUCUGAGGAAAAUUGGAUAGAUUACAAAAACUCAAUUUUUUUAAGCACUUCUCUGGAAAUCGUGACGUACCUAACUGCACGUGUAUAAAAAGGAGGUGCUGAAAACAUGGGGCUCACAGUCGAGCAACCUCAGGGAAGAACACAGACAGCAAGGGGUGGGAUUCUCUGAAUUCACUGCACAAGCAACAGGCUUUGUAUCACUUGUAGAAACAAGGAUUCUGCACAAAACCUCUGAAGAUCACUCACUGAUUUCCACCAUUCAAGACGAGAUGAAUCCUGCAAUCCAGUGCAUCAUUCUCCUGGCCUGUGCUGUCAUUUGCACUUCAGCAAGUAAAUGCAGAUGUGCCGCUACAGUCAAGGGUGUAAAGCCCUCUCUCAUCGCUGAUGUAGAAGAGUAUAAACCUCGUCCGUACUGCAACAAGAGAGAAGUCAUUAUCAAAUUGAAAGAUAACAGCAUGCGGUGUCUUGACCCCAAAGAAAAAUUCACCCAAGCAGUCCUGCGAACAAUACUAGUGCAGAGGGUGAAGGCGCAGAUGAACUCCUCCAGCCUUAACGCCGCCGCCACUACAGUGUCAGCCACAGUGUCGGCUACAGUGAUGCCAACAUCAUCAUAAUCUAAAUUUGUUUAUCAUCGUUCUAUAAGGAGAUCAGCACACCUUCAAAAAGCAAGGGUUUGGUUGCUGUAGUUCCUGCUUGUUUUUGCCAGUUUAACCAACGGCAUUGCAAUGCUAAAACAAGUCAAAUGAUUUCACUUGUUUAAAGCUUUGCACACUGGGAGCUGAAAGUGACAGCAAGAUGUAACAAGAGUGAACAGAGUGUAUGCAUGCGACUGGUGUAUUUCCAUGCUUAAUCCUCUGAACUCCAAGCUGUUUUUUGCUCUUUUUACAUUUCACUGCAGCUCUAUGGAAUCAGCACAACCAUGGCUAGAAAUAACUCCAAAAUGUCUUUUGUGCAAAAAUAGCACAGUUAUAAUGACAUAAAUCCUAACAAAAAAAUUUAAAAAACGAAGUUGAAUUUCUCUGAUAGAACUUUUUUUUUUUUAAAUUGGAAUCAAAUUUAAUUAUUUUCACAAUACUGGGGGGAAAAUGAGUCUCCACAUGCUAUACACCUCCUGUCCUCUCCUCUCUGCUCUGUGAAAAUAGAGCAGAAAUAAUGCCUUAUUUGAAAGGAUGUGGAUGAUACCUGUCUGGCUGUGGAUUUUGCUUGUUCACUUUUGGAUUAAAUAUCCACUUAAAAGAUAUUGAAAAGAAAGAAAUAGUGCCUUAAUUGAAUCCACAGUGACUUAGUUGUUGUUUUUUACUGUGAUUAUAUUAUUUGUGUCCACCCUGCCUUUUAUUCUCCACACCUUGAAGCAAUUAUAAAAAUCUGUCAAGCUUUUUGUAGCAGCAUUGAUUGUGUUUUAAUUCAAGCUGACAGAUAUGUGAAAAAACGGAACUGAACUGAAAAAGUGAUGGCAAAUGUGAACUUUGUUAUGUCAGUCUUUCUAUUUUUUUUAUUACAAAUAUGUAUUUAUGUCUGUGUAGAUGAUACUGUAUGUGUGACAUGUUUAAUAAAGAGCUGUAAAACAA